AUGUCCUUCGAGGCUAAGGACAACGGCUUCAAGAAGCACAACAACGGACGCGGCGGCAGGGGAGGCUCUGGAUUCUCUGGACGUCCGGAUCGCAGCACUUGGGAGACCAACAAAAACGACGGCGAGGGCGGCGGUGAUGGAGGCGGCUUCAAGAAGAUUGGCGAUCGCAAGAGCUUCGGAGGCUUUGACAACAACCAGCGAGGAGGCCGAGGCGGCGGUGGUCGUGGAGGUGGCGGCCGUGGAGGCGGUGGUGGCUUCGGCGGUCGUGGAGGUGGCGGCCGCGGAGGCGGUGGUGGCUUCGGCUCGAAGUGA